AUGUCAGAACAACAAGAUUUUGUUGGAAUGUUGUUGUUGGCUGCUGUUUGGGGUUAUACAAAUGUUUGGAUGGCCAAAGCAACACGGGAAAAGGAGGAGAAUGCUGGUGAAAAAGGUAGGAAGGAGCUUAGAAGUUUCUAAUUGGUUUUUUAAUCUUGUUCUGGUUUUUAGGUAAUAAGGUUCAAAUUUAGACGAUUUUUAACUUGUGGCCAUGAAAUUCGUUUUGAUUAUAACUAAUAUCGCGUUUGAUUUAACAAGUUUUCAGAGAAAAAACCAGCUACUACAAGUUGGUAUUUACGUCCAGUACUGGAACUGAUUAAUUAUUUUAAGAAUUGGAGAUUUGUUUUGCCAUUUCUAUUGAACCAAUCAGCUUCAGUAAGUUUCUUGCUUUUGUUAUUGUAUUUUUAGGUAUUGUUUUUGUAUUUUGUGAUCAAGACCGACUUGAGCAAAGCCGUGUGUACCAUAAAUUCAUUGACAUUCAUGUUCACAGCUUCAUUUGGUUAUCUAUUCUUUGGAGAACAAUUAAAUUGGACUAGAACUUUGAUUGGAUCUGGAUUUAUUUUGGCUGGAAUUGGGGUUAAGCAAGGAUGGAUGGAGGAGCUGCUAUGA